AUGUCCAACAACGCCACGACUCCCGCGGCAACAGGGGAUGCCCCAUCUCCCACUGUUGCUCAGGCGCCACCUGCCGUUGCAGCUGGGGAACAGGACGUUCUUGCAGCCGACGAUUUCUCGGAUGAUGAUGGCUCGUCAAUCAGUCACCAAAGUCUUACUUCCUCGACCGCGAGUGUAACCAGUUCCAUCCUUGACUACCGGAAGGAAAAUGGACGAACGUACCAUGCAUAUAAAGACGGAAAAUAUGUGCUCCCCAAUGACGAUCAGGAGCACGACCGACUCGACCUGCAGCACAAUAUGUUUAUCCGCUCAUUCGAUGACCGACUUGGAACUGCCCCACCGAAUGACCUGGGAGCCAAGGUCGGACGGGUCCUUGACGUGGGAACUGGGUCUGGAAUCUGGGCUAUCGACUUCGGUGACGAUCAUCCAGAAGCCGACGUAACUGGAGUCGAUCUGUCGCCGGUUCCGACUGAUUUCGUCCCCCCCAACGUCAAAUUCGAGGUGGACGACGUCGAGGAGCCAUGGACAUUUUCACGCCCUUUCGACUACAUCCACAGUCGACUGAUGACCGGCAGUAUUAGUAACUGGGAGAAAUACCUGCGUCAAUGCUUCGACAACCUCAACCCUGGCGGUUAUCUCGAGCUAAUCGAAGGCAACGUCAUGCCUGUCUCCGACGACGGGACACUCACCAAGGACCAUUCCCUGCAAAAGGCGGUGGGCUUGUGGAUGGAAGCAAUGGCUAUUCUCGGAUCCCCAUUCGAGGAAGUCAGCCGUCUCGAGGGUCUCAUGAAGGAUGCUGGGUUUGAGGAUGUCCAUCUGACGUAUUUCAAAUGGCCCUCAAACCCUUGGGCCAAAGACCAGAAACACAAGGAGCUGGGCCUCUGGAACUACGAGAACUUUGCCCCCCACUUGGAGGGUUUCUUCAUGGCUUCUUUGACGCGAUCAUUGGGCUGGACAAGGGAAGAGGUUCUCAUUCUUGCCAUGGAGGCCCGCAAGGACUUGGGAAACAGGAACAUCCACGCCUAUUACAACAUGUUGUCGAUACAUGGAAGGAAGCCUCUGAAGGUUGAGGAGGAGGCGCCGCCCGCAGACCCAGAGUCUCCGGCGGCGGCGGCGGCCUCGGCCUAG